GAGUUGUUAAUAUGAUUGCUGAUGAAGAUUUUUGGAAUUAUGUAAUUGCACAGAUACAACAUCGAUGGAAUCGAAUGUAUAGUUUACUUUUUGUUAUCUGUUGGUCUCUUCACCCAAAAUAUUUUUGUAUAAGAGCUAUUAGACCUGAACUUACAAUGAUUGUAAAGAAAGAAGCUAGUCAUUUAUUUGAACAUUUAUUUCCUGAUAAGGAUAUAAAAAAAUUUUGA